AUGGAAAGAGGAUCUAAAUGUAUGAUUUUCUUUGCUUUCUUACAUUUCGCUAUUAGAAAUAGCUUAUAUUCUAAUAUUAUGUUAAAACCAAAGCAAGUUAUUUGUUUGGAAAAAUUGUUUUUUGGCUCGGAUGUACUGGCGGUUCUUCCAACAGGUUAUGGGAAAUCGUUAAUAUAUCAGAUUCUACCGUUGCUGUUGUACUGCAAAGAAUGGUUAGAAGGAAUCCAGAUUCAACGUUCCAUUAAUGAAUGCGACUUAACGUCUGUCGUUAUUGUUAUUUCCCCUCUAAAUUCGCUCAUUAACGACCAAAUUCGGAAGAUACUUACGACAGGCCUUCGAGUGUCCAUAUUAAAUGUCAACAGAACUUGUGAUGAUAUUACAAGUGAUUCUAGCGGCGACGAAGUUCUCUGCGACGUAGUUGAACUUGACAAAAAGGAAAGACUGCUUGCUGGUUAUUAUAACAUUUUAUUUGCACAUCCUGAAUCACUGUUAUCUAGCAGAUUUGGACGAAGUCUUGUCAAUAGUGUGGUCUAUCAAAAAAAUGUUUGUGCUCUUGUCAUUGAUGAAGCACACUGCAUCAUAGAAUGGUAUGUAUAUAAAUAUGUGUAUGUAUAUAAAUUAUGA